AUGCUGUCGAACAGAUUAAUUCAUAGUGAUACAUCUCACAGUGAACCCAAAUACCGCAGCUUUUCUACCUCACGUGACUAUUCACGUAUUUCUGCUAAUGGUACAAAGAUAUCUCUUAGAAGCUGCAUCAUUUUUUCACUUGUGGAAGGUCGAGGCAACGCACGUGGUGAAAUUGGACUUGCAAGCAUUGAUGCUUUAUGCAGUGAACUACAUAUUUUACAAUUUAUCGAUUCAGCAUCUUAUGCGAGACUUCGAAUUCAAAUUCAAGUCCAGGAACCUGUAGAGGUUUUUAAUUUUAAUGUUUUUAUCAGUGAUCAAGAUUUUGCGCAGGUUAUUGUCCCAGAAGUAUCAGGGGAGAAAGUCAAUAGUAUGCAUACUUUGUUAGAACUGAUUCGAAGUACCUAUCCAGAAGUCGAAAUUACUAUGAUCAGUCGUCGCUACUUCAAUGAUGUGAAAGGAAUAGAAUUAUUACAACAACUUAGCUCACAAGAGUCAUCCAAUUUGACAUCCGAAGUAUUUAAGAAGUAUUACUGUAUGGCAGCAGCUGCAGCACUAAUUAAAUAUGUGGAAUACAUACAAAGUAUAUUCUUUGCGCAGAAUUCGUUAAAAGUUACUUAUCUCGUUGUCGAGAAGUCUUGUUUUAUGGAUGUGAAUACAAUGAGGAAUGUAGAAUUGGUAGAACGUAUACAUUUCAAGCAAAAAAUGGCCGGCCGCAGUCUUUUUUCUGUCUUAAAUACAUGUCAAACUAGUGGCGGAAUACGAUUACUUCGUAGCAGCUUGCUGCAGCCUUCUGCUGAUUUAGAAAUGAUCGAAGCGCGACUGGACGCUGUCGAAGAACUAAUCAGCAACCAGCCGAAGCUUGAUCGACUGCGUAUGAUCGUUACUGGAGUGAGUGAUAUGUAUCGGUUGAUAUCAGUCUGUUGUUAUGGGGAAACUCAAAAGGAAACUAUUCGAAUGGUUGAACAUCGUAUCACUCAAAUUUUGAAUCUACAGCAAACGCUGUAUCUAAUUAAACCGUUACGGGAUGCUUUAAGAAACAGUGAAGCUCUUCUUUUCCAGAUAUGUUACAACCAUUUGAAUGAUGAACGAUUUGAAAGAAUUUUGGAUGUUUUGAAUCGAGUGCUGGAUAGAACACAUGCUGUAGGAGAACGAUCCGCUUUAGCACUGCGGCAAAGACGUUGCUAUGCAGUUCGAGAAGGUCUAGAUCAGAUGAUCGAUAUGAUGCGAAAAGCGUAUGAAGAACUAUUACGAGAUAUACGCGAAAAGAGUGAUGAAGAGAAAAUAUCAGAUGCAAAGCUUAUCUAUACUGCAAAUCGAGGUUUCCAUUUUUCUAUCCCAUGUCCAGAUCCGGUUGGCGAUAUUAGUCUUCCAUCACAUUUUGUGGACAUGGUAAGAAAUCGAGCUUCAAUAUCCUGUACGACUCGUUCCUUACUGCGCUACAAUGAGCGAAUUGAUGAAGUGGUCAAUGAAAUAUUGAUCAGGAGUAAUGUGAUAGUUGUAGAACUGUUAAAUCAAAUCCGUCCUCUGAUACCAUGUUUGUACCAUGCUAUAGAAGCAGUCUCAAUUGUGGACUUUAUUGCAUGUUUAGCAAUGUACGCUACAAAAAUCCCGACAGUUCGGCCUUCGUUUACUCCUUCAGUAUCACUGAUCAUCAAACAAGGAAGACAUCCAAUACUAGAUUUCGCUUCUGAAAAUUUCAUUCCUAAUGAUGCGUAUUUGUCACUCGAGUCCAGAGUGGAUAUUAUCACUGGUCCUAAUAUGGCUGGAAAAUCGACUUAUUUGAAGCAGAUAUGUUUGCUUCAAGUUUUGGCACAAACUGGAAGUUUCGUCCCUGCAGAAAUGGCUGCAUUUCCACUGCUAACUCGAAUAUUUUCACGAAUGGGACAUAAUGAUGAUCUGACAUAUAAUCUAUCUGCUUUCGCUCUCGAGAUGUCAGAAAUGUCUCCGAUUUUGCGUUCUGCCGAUUCUCUUUCACUCGUUCUCAUUGAUGAGUUAGCUCAAAGCACUGCUUACGAGGAAGGUCUAAGUAUUUGUUUCGCUAUUUGUGAAGAACUCUUGAAAAAAAAGGCGUAUGUUAUAUUAGCAACUCAUUAUCUUGAUUUGGCAUCCAUGGCAACAUUGUAUCCAGCUGUUGAUAACUUUCAUUUCCCAGCAACUACGAUAAAAAUUACUCAAGAUGAUGGCAGUGUUAUGGAGAAACUUGAUUGUUCUCACAAACUUUGUACUGGUCCAUAUGAUGGUCCUAUUUAUGCAUUCAAUUUGGCUAACCUUACAACAUACCCACGUGAAGUCCUGAAUGAAGCUCAUGCAUUAGCGACAUCUCUACGAACGCAACGUAAUCUUACUCUACAAAUGGAUGAUAGGGCCCGCCGACGUCGUGCAAUCGUUCGCUUUGCUUGCAAACUGCGUUCCAUGUUACCGAUUCUAGUGAAUACCGAAACUGUCACAGCUGCAAAUUAUCUUACAAAAUUACGUGAUCAGUUAUUUAGUGAUUUGCCUCCUUUAGAUGCCUCCAAAUAG